AUGGAUGGCCUUCCAAAGCGUUUUUAUCACCAACGAUUCACCAUCGCAUCACAUCAAACUUUACCGACGGUCAAGCUGUCAAAGUUCACAAGAGCCAUCAUCUUGAAGUGUUCAGACACACCAUCGAACUCUGACUUGAGUUCUUCCACCCAAAGCUUCCGAGUUUGUUUUCUCCACACAGGACACCAUCAUAUCCACCACCGCAUUAUGGAGGAUGAAGAGUACUACCACAUGAUGCUCGACGACAUGGAGCGUCUUGAGCGAGUUCAUCACCACGUUUCCCACCCCGCCGACUACCAACUAGCAGAACAGCACCAACACCGUGCACACAACCCCUUCAUCUCGGGCCUCAGAGUGGCCAUCAACAGUGCCUUCAAGUCGGGAUUGGAGAAGCUGCAAGCCGUGAGCCUACCGGGUCCCACGCGAACAACAUAUCAAGAAGCCCAGGGGCUAGGUUCAAUAUGGACGAGACGAAGCAGUGCAAGCUCAACGAGGACAAGUUCAAGUUUCGGAAGCGCGAGGUCUUGA